AUGUUGAACAGCAUCAAUAUUCCGCAGAACGCCAUAUCAUGGGCAGUGGCAUGUGCGGCAGCUAUGCUGGACUUCCACACACGCUACGGUGAUGUGGUUCGUAUCGCCCCGGACGAGCUAGCCUUCUCUCACCCGGACGCAUGGAAGGACAUUAUGGGCCACAGCAAGGGAGGCUUGUAUCUAGAAAAGGCUAGUUGGUUCUACCGACCUCUUGAAUAUGACCCACCACAUAUUUUCAACGAGGGUCGCCAAGCACACAGUCUUUUGCGUCGGCAAUUGGCUCAUAGCUUCUCAGACAAGGGGAUGAGAGAUCAGGAGCCAAUGAUCCGGGGGUAUGUUGAUCUUUUACUACAGAGGCUGCGCGAAAUGGGUGGCAGAGAAGACACAGUUGACAUUUCCGCCUGGUACAACUAUACAACCUUUGAUAUCAUCGGCGACCUGUCAUUCGGUGAAUCAUUUGGCUGCCUCAAGGGCUCAAACUACGAUGAGUGGAUUGAAAGUAUAUUUCGGGCGUUCCCCUUUAUCACAGCUCUGCAGGCCCUGUCAUUCACUCCCCUAGUCAAAGAGGUCUUGCUGGCCUUGGUACCCCCGUCUAUGCGUGACAGGCGUGAGAGGCUGAGAGAUUUCACGCGGCAAAAGAUGCUUCGUCGGAUGGCAAUUGCAGAGGAGCGGCCUGACUUGAUCGAAGGGCUUUUAAAGAAGAAGGAAGAGCUGAGGCUAAGAGAGGAAGUACGCUCGACGUUCAGCAGCGAAGAUGAUAUCAACCUCAGCUCAGCUGCUAAACUACCGUAUAUGCUAGCCUGUGUCGAGGAGGCAUUGCGCAUGUAUCCACCUGGUGCUAUUGGUCCUCCUCGUGUAACUCCGAAAGGCGGAGCGGAGAUAUUAGGAGCUCGGAUUCCAGGAAGAACAUACGUUUCCAUUCACCAUUGGGCUCUAUAUCGGCGUGAGGAGUAUUUCACAGAUCCACAUACUUUCCACCCAGAACGAUUCCUUGGGGACCCUCGGUUCUCGAAUGACCGACAUAACGUCCUCCAACCGUUCCAUAUUGGCCCCAGAAGUUGUCUAGGUCGCAAUCUCGCAUAUAGCGAAAUGCGCCUGAUUUUAGCCCUCUUGUUCUUCAACUUUGACAUGGAGCUAUCAGACGAUUCACAAGAUUGGAUUCAGCAGAAAAACGUUAUAAUGUGGCAGAGGGGUCCUUUGAAGGUGCAUUUGACCUAUAUCCAUAGAAACAGCGCUUAA